UGAUGGAUGCAAGAGGUAUGUAGGUGGUUUGAUGAAAUGGAUGGUAACCUUCAAAACGACGACAUCAUUGGAUCAUUUGUUUUCUUCCAUAAAUUUUCUUUUCAAAAUUUUUUUUCAUUUAUUCAUUUUGUUUUUUUCAUAAUGGCUUUGUCAUUCUUUCGGUCACUUUUAUUCGAAUCGGUUUAUUUGUUCAAAUUUAAUAAUUCGUAAUGGAUCAUCAACGAUUGACUAUUGUGAUUCUAUUAUUAUUAGCAAAUCAUUAUCAUCAAACUAUUGCUCAAGAUACAAUUUUUGCUAAAGGUGGUACUUGUCUAUAUAAAAUUGGAAAACAAUGGCAAGAAUGUAUGGACAAACAAAGUGAACGAUUAACAUAUGAACGUGAUAAUCUUGAACCAGUAUAUACACGAGCUGCUUUAACCGAAUCGGUCAAUAGAAUUUCCUGUUGUGCUUAUUAUGAAUUUUUAGAUUGCAUUGAAUAUGCAGCUCGUCAACAUUGUCCAAAUGAAAAACAUGAUAUGAUUGCCUAUAGUCGUCAAUUAGGCUCGGCUGUUCCAUCCGAAAUCUGUCAUGAACAAUUUCCACGACAAAAUAUUGAAUGUAGUGGUCGCAUUCAACGAUAUUCGUCCGGCACAUCCUCGAUUUCUUAUUUGUUAUCAUUGUUGACAUCACUUCGAAUUUGUUUGGAACGAAUUUGGCCAGAUUUUCAACGAUGUCGUGAUCGACAACGUGAACAUCAUCAAUUUGGUCGUUUUUCAUCAGGUUUCUUUUUCACAUCAACUGAUGUUUAUCAGCCUAAAUACAAAGUAGAAUGUUGUUCGUAUUGGGAACUAUUGGAAUGUGUCCAUCGUGCAGCCAAAAUCUAUUGUACCGAUGAUGAUGUUGAUUUGAAAAAAUUAGAUCAAGCAUUGGAAACGUUCGGUUUGAAUGUACCGUUAUAUAUUUGUACUGAAGAAUAUCCAAAAGGUUCACUUCGUUGUAAAAUUCGUUCAUGGUUCAUCAUGACAAUCGUGAUGGAAUUAUCUAAUGAAAUCAAAAUAGUUUGGAAUUAUAUCGAAAAAAAUCAGGAUUCAUAUGUUCAAGCUUUAGCCGAUGCAAUCGCCAUUCCAAGUGUAUCAUCGCAAAAAGAAUAUCGUCCAGAAACAUUGAAUGUUGUAAAACAUUUUCAACAGUUGCUAGAAUCCAAAGGUGUAGAAUGUGAAUUACAUAUGAUUGGUGAUGAAACAUUUCCUGAUGGAACUCAACUACCAUUGCCACCUGUUCUCUGUGGUUAUAUUGGCAAUGAUAUCAAAAAGAAGACACUAUGUAUUUAUGGACAUCUUGACGUACAACCAGCUCUUUUACAAGAUGGUUGGAACACAGAACCAUUUAAAUUGGUCGAACAUGAUGGCAAAUUGUAUGGCCGUGGUGCUUCUGACGAUAAAGGCCCAGUGCUAGCUUGGAUCAAUAUGAUUGAUGCAUUUAGAAGCUGUUCGAUCCCCUUGCCAAUCAAUUUGAAAUUUAUUUUCGAAGCUAUGGAAGAAUCCGGAUCUGUAGGAUUACAUCAAUUGAUUUAUUCGCUAAAAGAUACCUUCCUGAAGGAUGUCGAUUAUUUCUGUAUAAGUGACAGUUAUUGGUUAGGCCAAUCUCGGCCUUGUCUUAGUUAUGGACUCCGAGGAAAUACCUAUUUCUAUUUGCAGGUUGAAUGUGCGAAAAAAGAUCUUCAUUCGGGAGUCUAUGGUGGUGCUGUUCAUGAGGCCAUGACUGAUUUAAUUCAUUUAAUGUCCAGAUUAACAGACGAAAGUGGUAAUAUUUUGAUACCUGGAGUCUUGGAAAAUGUCAAACCAUUUACAACUAAUGAACGUAUCGCAUUACAAUCAAUUGAUUUUGAUGAGAAGGCUUAUCGUGAUGAGAUUGGUACUAGCAGAUUACGGUUCAAUGAUAAGGUUAAUAUUCUUGCUCAUCGUUGGCGAUUUCCCUGUCUUUCUAUUCAUGGAAUCGAAGGCGCGUUUGCUGAUCCUGGUUCGAAAACCGUCAUACCUCAUAAAGUGAUUGGAAAAUUUUCAAUACGUUUAGUACCAAAUCAAGAUCCAGAUGAUAUUACAGUCAAAGUUACGAAUUAUUUGAACGAAGAGUUUAUGAAACUCAAUUCACCAAACAAAAUGUCAGUACAUAGACAAAAAUCCAGUCGACCAUGGAUCGCUGAUACGAAUAGUAAUAAUUUCAUAGCUGGUAAAUUGGCCAUCAAAAAUGUUUAUGGCAUACAACCGGAUAUGACUCGAGAAGGUGGAUCAAUACCGGUCACAUUGACUUUAGAAGAAGUGACGAAAAAAAGUGUCAUUCUUUUGCCAAUCGGUAGUGCCGAUGAUGGUGCACAUUCCCAAAAUGAAAAAAUCAAUCGAAAAAAUUAUAUUUAUGGCUCAAAAGUUUUUGCUGCUUACAUUCAUUUUUUAUCACUACUUUAAAAUAUUGAUUUAUUUUUAUUCAAAUUCAUC